GAACUGGUGAAAUUUCGAAUAUACCCUGCACAUCAAGCACUUUGGCUAGUAAAACAACUUUUACCGAAAUUUGUGCAUCAUCAUAUCGAAAUGGCUUGUGCUCUACUUGAUACAUGCGGCCGCUUCCUCUAUCGCCUGCCUAGUUCGCAUCGGCGCACAAAAGUUUAUCUGGAGGUGAUGUUGCGCAAGAAAACGGCUCUCCAUAUGGAUCAACGGUACGCCACUAUGAUUGAAAACGCUUACUACUAUUGCAACCCUCCGGAGGCACAGAAGCAGGUGAGAUUUUUUUAG